AUGGGUGUUCCAGAGAAAGAGAAUAUCGACCUGAAAGCAGAGCCGGGCUCAAGCCCGCAGGUCUAUGAGGAUGUCCCUACCGCGCCGUCCAACGUCAACGACGCUGCGCUGGUUCGCAAAAUUGACUUGCAUGUGAUGCCCAUGCUGUUUACCAUUUACUUGGUGGCCUUCUUGGAUCGGGUGAAUAUUUCCAACGCACUCACUAUGAGCAUGCCGAAGGACCUGGAUCUGUACGGCGACCGAGCGAAUGUGGCGCUGCUGGUCUUUUACAUUCCUUAUAUCCUCUUUGAGAUCCCGUCCAACAUUGUCAUGAAGAAACUGAAGCCGCACUUCUGGCUGUCAGGCUGUAUCGUUGCUUUCGGGAUUGUCAUGCUCGGCCAGGCCUUUGUCAAGAACUAUGCCGGUCUAAUUGCAUGUCGGUUCUUUCUUGGACUCGCGGAAUGUGGUAUCUUCCCCGGUAGCUUUUAUCUGAUCAGUUUCUGGUACAAGCGGACCGAGGCGCAGAAGCGUUUCACCAUGUACUGGUCCUCCGUCAUCUUCGCCGGUGCCUUUGGGGGGCUACUUGCCUCGGCGAUCGCCAAGAUGGACGGUCUGCGUGGCCUGGAAAACUGGCGAUGGAUUUUCUUGCUAGAGGGUAUUGCAUCCAUCCUCGUGGGCAUUGCCGCCUUUUUCUUCUGUGCCGAUUUCCCCCAGCAAGCUUCGUGGCUAAGCGAAGAUGAAAAAGCCGCCGUUGUUGCAAAGACCCGCAACUACGAAGAGGCUGAAGCUCGGGUGACCAAGUCGGACCUGAUGGAAUCCUUCAGGGACCUCAAGCUGUACGUGGCUGCGCUCAUGUACUUCACGAUUGUGGUUCCCAUCUAUGCCUUCUCCUAUUUUGCUCCUACCAUCAUCAAAGCCCUCGGAUACGGAACUAUCCAGACCCAAUUGCACAGCGUGCCGCCGUUCGCUGCUGCUCUCGGCCUGAGCAUUCUAGUAGCAUAUUUCUCAGACCGACUCGACAUUCGGUUUCCCUUCAUCCUUCUUGGUGAUAUUCUGAUUAUUAUUGGCCUGGCUAUUAUGCUGACCAUGCACGGCCCCAGGCACUUUUCCGCGGAGUAUCUCGGAAUCUGUUUCAUUACCAUGGGUGCUUUCAGCGCUGGCGCUGUGAUUGUCUGUUGGGUGUUGAUGAAUAUGCAGGGCCAUAAGGAGCGCAGUAUUGGAUCCGGGUUUGUGAUUGGCGUUGGCAACGCAGGCGGGAUUCUUGCCGUAUUCUGCUUCACCAAAGACGAUGCCCCCUUGUACAAGCGUGGCUACUGGAUUCUGAUGGGUAUCACGCUUGUUGGUACAGCUUUAGCAGUUCUAUAUUUCCUAUUGGUCGCGCGUGAGCGUCGCCGCCAGCUUCGCUCCGAAGGCAAGAAGGACGACGAAAAGAUCCUCUCCUUUUAG